CUGUCAGUGCUUUACCUUCUCCUGGCGCAACUUCGAGUAAGGGAACGCUUUGUGGUGCCAGACGACCUAACACUUCUACGAGACUCAAUAAGCGCCGCGACCGGGGUCCUCAAUUGCAGACAGUGCCCCCUUCGUUAUUUGUGUGUCAUGCAAAAUGCCCUCGUGCUUGGUAUACUCUGCGUGUGCAUUGCGGAAUGCUACAGCAAGAUCAUGGAGGAGAUCGAUGCGGAUGAGAGACGGGCUGUAGAUGCCCAGGAAAAGAAGCGAUUAAGAAUUUCUACCGCGCAUGAUCAUGCAACAUACAUAGGCCACACUGACCCGGGUCAUACCUCUGCCUCUCUUUCCGUCGAAGUAAGCCCGUCGGAGUGGAGAAGCCUAAUGCGAAAUGCUGUGAGAGCGGAGAUAUUCGGAGUUGGUGAUUACAAGGAGAAGUGCUUUAUGACACUUGUGGACAGUUUGGAGGAGCGGCAGAAGGCCUGGCACCAGAGUCCUCCGGCACCUGAUUGUCCUCCUACCUACCGCUCGGUGUGUUACUUGACUGAUCGGAAGCCAACUUGUCUUAUUAUCCUGGAAGAUGCCAAGAGGCUAAUCCAGCUCUUGGAGCUGUAGGGCCUGGUGUGUCAACAUGCUUCACAGGCCUUCAGAGUGAUCAUACAUUCUUAUAUGCCACACUUUCUUUUCAUUUCAUUCCCUUGCUCUUAGUCCAUGGGCUCAGCUUUACCAUAUCUGGCAUUUUGAGGGGACGGUUCCAUCAAUGCUCAAGGGCUCCCUCUCAAACAUUCGUCAACAACCCGAGAGAAGUGAAGGCAUUGUU